AUGGUUGACCCAACCGUCAGCACCCGGGAUCGCCUUUGUCACCAGAACGUCCCGUUGGUCUCGCCUCCGGACGAGGACAUAGUCCAGCAGGUGCCACUGACGCGACCGAGGAUGCCUCCAGGUGGCCUUCUCUCGCUCUCGCAGGCAGAAGAAGGCGUUCGUCGGGAUGAGUCGGUGUUUUGCGCAGAUUCAAAGAAGGGACGGGCCAUUUUCAUUGGAGCCGUUGAGGCCAUGGGGACCCAGCACUCCUCUCCAGGCAGCAUGGUCUGUGCGGACGCGGGCGCUGAAGUCACCAAGGACAAUCAUUUCCUCUGCCUUCGGCACAGUCGCCAGGAGGGCAUGCAGGUUCUCGAAGAACUUGUAUCUUGCUGCGUCAACGCUGUUGAUCGGUGGAGCGUAGGGGCUGACGAUGGUGGCGAAUUCGCCUCCCCGAAGAGGCAGACGAUCGUUGAUGCCCUGCGGCAGACAGGGCAGUCGUCCCACGAUGCCCUUCCGGAUGGCAAAGGCGACGCCCGCUUCCCGUCGCUCCGCCUUUGA